AUGUCGUCUACGAUAAACAACGACGAUUUCGCUUCGCAUCGCACGGGAUUGCGAUGGCGGCGAGUGCGAAAUGGUUCAAGGACGAUGUCGUGGAUUCAACGGCGAUCAACGUCCACCAGCUGGCUGACUGACUCAGCCGCAGACAAUACGACGCCGCUGCCACCGUUCGAUGCCAACGUCGUGAUGAAGGACGACGCCGUUUGUCUUUCUCACUUUGGUGUCCUUUUCAAAUGUCUCUAA